CGUAUAACAUCCUUGAAAGCCCACGCCAACGAGCAAAUUAUCUUUCUGCACGCGUCAUCCGCCGAAGGAAAGCGCUGCCCCAUUUCUUGGGACAACAAACAUCUGUCGUCUGUCAAUAGUGGACCAACCUUCCUGUCACCUCCACUCACACAUCACACACAAUGGCAUCUCAUACCACCCUCACCAGCACAUACGGAGCGCGAGCCGGACUCCCUACUACUGGUCCCCUGGCUUCAUACCUAUUGCGGUUGAUCUCCAUUAAACAGACAAAUCUGUGUCUUUCUGCAGACGUCGAGACCUCCGCCGAACUUAUCCAGCUCGCCGAAGAUGUUGGUGACUCGAUCUGCCUGCUUAAGACUCAUUGCGAUAUUGUCACCGACUGGACAGACCGAACAGCUACAGCACUGAGGGAAAUCGCAAAGAGGAAGUCCUUCCUUAUCUUCGAGGACCGCAAGUUCGCCGAUAUUGGUGAAACCGUGCAGAAGCAGUACACUUCAGGACACCACCGUAUCGCGCUCUGGGCUGAGAUCACCAAUGCCCACAUUGUCCCCGGUCCCGCCAUUGUCACCGCUCUCGAGAAAGCCGCCGAGUCGACGAUUGCGAAGUACAACACUGGCGUACACACCGAGAUUUCUGCUUCGUCUUGCGCCAAGCUGAAUGGUGUAGACGAGGACGACGAUGAGGAUGACGAGGUCCCACCCAUGGACGGUGCUCUCGAGUCGCCUAUGCUGAUGGACGACGGCGAAAGGCGGCUCAGCAUUAAGCCCAUGGACAGGAAGCAGAGCGUUGUCAGCGUCAGCACCACCAUCUCCACACGAACUGAGAGCAUCUCGCCGAGACCAGAGGCACUCAAUGCUUCUAGCGAAACAUUCGACCUUGACACAGUCAAGCAGCUUGUCCGUCUGGGCGAACCCCCCUUCCUGCGCUCGCUCCUUUUGCUCGCCGAGAUGAGCUCCGCCGGACAUCUCAUGACACCGGAGUACCGUCAAGCUAGCGUUGAUGUUGCACGAUCUCACCGCGACUUCGUCAUGGGCUUCAUUGCACAGCGAAGCUUGAACACUGAGCCAGAGGACAACUUCAUCACUAUGACCCCUGGUUGCCAACUGCCACCGCCAGGCCAGGAGGGCGCGAAGCUCGGAGACAGCCUAGGCCAGCAGUACAACACACCGCGAAAGCUGAUUUUCGAGUCAGGCUGUGACAUCAUCAUUGUCGGUCGCGGUAUCGUCCGUGCUCCAGACCGCAAGGCCGAAGCGCAGCGCUACAGGCAAGCAGGAUGGCAAGCAUACGAGGAGAGGAUCGGAAAGGGCCAAUAGCUCUCCAUGGCACACCAUCGGUGUGGGACACGACGAGUAUCUUCGACAUGUCAGCUCCUCGAUUGGAGCAUCACGAAGCAUGAAAGGGCGUAACGUUUGGCAUAU